CAGCUUGGAUUUUAUUGUUCACAUUACAUCAAUGGCAAUGGUAUUAUAUUGUGGAGUAACAAUGUGGGUUUACCAGGAUCUCAAUUUCAAUUUACACAUCUAUUCCUGUCGGUCUAAGUACAGGUUAAAUACAAAAAAUGAGGUGCCUUUGUGCUAGAAUUUCAGAGCUGAAAACCUUCAAUUUGGCAAUAAAAAGUAAUUUCAACUAUUCAAAAGGGGAUGUCCUCUACUUCUUGAUUAUGUCCUGGUUUAAGAUGCUUGUACAACUGUUGACAAUGUCACGGAGUGAGCUGUAACCGGCAGUUUUCAGGUUAAAAAUGCUCUGAAGCGCAGAAUGUCCCCAGCGGGCUCCGGUAAGAGCUCAAUGGCUCCCCCAGCAGCAGCCCUCUACACUCUGAAACGGCCACGUAUGAAUGUUUCCAUCGCCGCACCCGCUAGCCAAUCAGAACCCGCAACCCCGGAGGCACAGUAACGAAUCCCUUCUGUAGUAACUCUCCCAUAGCAACGAAUGUGAUCGACAGCUCUUGCCGUCCAACCAGCAGCUUCUUGUGGUUUCGCGGUCAGGCUAAACGCACCACUCUCCGCCAGGGGUAAACGGUACUCUCCUCUCGAUUGGCUGCAACGUGUCCAUAACCAACCAAUCAGCCCCUCAGUUUCUACCGACAACACCGCCCAUUGUUCCCAUCCGAGUAGGCUGGGCUGUCAAGUCCACGACCAAUAGAGUGAUAUUGACAGGACAGAGGACCAAUCACCUCUAUUGUUUGGAGGGCUGAACUGCCGGCUGGAGUCCUUGUUUGAGUGACAUUUCCUUGCGCCAACUGGGAGGAGAUGAGUACAUCGGUGACUGGGAUUGACAAAGAUGCUGCCCGAUAGGAGUGCUGCAAUCUGUAUUUACCUGGAACGAACGUGCAUCUCCGUCCAAUGCGUGUGUGGAGACAGGGUGGGCUGAGCGUUGCUAGGGCAGUCUCGCCGUCAAGUAUAAAGGGAAUAAUAUGGGGCUCUAGUGGCUGUUCAUGUUUACGUUAAGGAAGGAGGUGGGAGGGAGAGGAAGAACUUGCCUUUAGUACUGUAAAUAAUUUCAACUUUGAUAUCGUGGUGUCUUUUUCCGUCCCUGUGCCCGAUCGCUCAUUUUCCCUUCACUAAUGUACCACUCCUACAAAUGGAAAAGGGGUCUCAGCUUGCAAACGUGAGCCUUUCCCUCCUGCUGCUCUUGCUGCUGCUCCGGGCACACGGUCCUGUCGGGGGCCAGCCGGACACCGACACCGCCGCCGCCGCGGGGCCGCAGGCGGCCGAAGAUGGUCCGGGUGGAAUGGAGCGGGGCCUGGAAAGCGUCGGGGCUGCCUCGGCUCUCGGCGAUGUGACCGUGGAGGACGACGAGACCGGGGGAGCCGGCGAGGGCGACGAGUCGUCGGGGGAGACUGGCGGAGACGACAAGCUGAAAAGGUCUCUGGUGAUCAUCAGUACCUUGGACGGGCGGAUCUCGGCCCUGGACCCAGAGAAUCAGGGCCGGAAGCAGUGGGACCUGGACAUGGGUUCAGGCUGCCUGGUCUCCUCCAGCCUCAGCAAGCCAGAGGUGUUUGGGAAUAAGAUGAUCAUCCCAUCCCUGGAGGGUGCGCUGUUCCAGUGGGACCGGGACCGGGAGAGCAUGGAGUCAGUGCCCUUCACGGUGGAGUCCCUGCUGGAGUCCUCCUACCGCAUCAGGGAGGACACGGUGCUCGUCGGGGGCAAGUCUCUCACCACCUAUGGCCUGGGCGCCUACAGUGGCAAGCUGCGGUAUAUCUGCUCGGCCGUGGGCUGCAGCCGCUGGGAGGAGGAGGAGCUGGAGCCGGAGGAUGUGUUGCUGCUGCAGAGAACACAGAAGACCGUGCGGGCGGUCGGGCCCCGCAGCGGCAACGAGAAGUGGAACUUCAGCGUGGGGCACUUCGAGCUAAAGUUUGUGCCUGCGGUGCAGACGGCGGUGAACUACCUGGAGGGAGAGCCAGCUGGCGGGGGGGCGUGGCGAGAGGGGCAGCGCGUGAUCUGUGAGGAUGACGAGCCCAAGGCUGAGACCAGGGACCUCGUCAUCAAAGUGUCCGUGCCUGACUGGAAGGUCAUGGCCUUCAGCAACAAGCCAGGGGGGCAACUGGUGUGGGAGCAUCAGUUCUGCACCCCCAUAGCCUCAGCCUGGCUGGUCCGAGGAGGGAAGGUGAUCCCCAUCAACCUGUUUGACGACACCAGUUACACCUCGCGCCCUGACUCUGUGCUGGAGGAAGAGGAGGAAAUUGUGGAGGCUGCUCGUGGUGCCACUGAAUCUAGCAUCUACCUGGGCAUGUUCCGGGGACAGCUCUACCUGCAGUCCUCUGUCCGAGUCUCGGAGAAAUUCCCCACCAAGUCCAAAGCCCUGGACAGCCGAAGCUCUGACAACAGCAUCAUCUCCCUGCCCACUGUCAAGUGGAAGCCUCUGAUCCAUUCGCCCUCGCGGACCCCGGUGCUGGUGGGCUCCGAGGAAUUUGACAAGUGUCUGAACAACGACAAGUUCUCCCACGAGGAGUACAGCAACGGAGCCCUGUCUGUCCUGCAGUAUCCCUACGACAAUGGGUACUACUUCCCGUACAGCAAGCGCUACCGCGGGCGGCGGGAGGCAGCGGUCAGCCUCCUUCCUGGGGACACGUCGCCGAGGGAGCCACGCAGGAAGGACCCGGUGCUGCUGCUGCCCUGGUGGAAGGAGAUCCUGGGCACCAUUGUCUUCUGCAUUGCUGCUACCACUUACAUUGUCCGCAAGUUUUUCCACCCAUCGGCUGUGCAUGUGCGGCAGAGGAAGGAGUCCGAGACACAGUGUCAGACUGACAGUAAGUUUGAAUCGGAAUCGGAGGACCCCAAGGAGGUGGUUAUCACAGACAACCGGAGCAGUGGUUACGUGUCCAGGUACCUGACAGACUUUGUGCCAGUGCAGUGUCUGGGCCGAGGGGGGUUUGGAGUUGUAUUUGAGGCACGGAACAAGGUGGACGACUGUCACUAUGCUAUCAAGAGGAUACGUCUGCCGAACAGGGAGCAGGCCCGGGAGAAAGUGAUGAGGGAGGUGAAGGCCCUGGCCAAGCUGGAGCACCCUGGCAUCAUCCGCUACUUCAACGCCUGGCAGGAGAGCCCCCCUGAGGGCUGGCAGGAGGAGAUGGACCAGCGCUGGCUCAAGGAUGCCAGCACCACAGACUGGCCGCUCAGCUCCCCAGAGCAGAUGGAGGCGCUAUCCGUGAAAGUGCCCGUCUCCAAGCCCUUGACCCAGGACAUUUCCUCAGCAGAGGGGGCAGGAGGUGAUAGUCUCAGUAUCCGGAUAGAUGGGCUGCCCUCUCUCUCCCACGGGAUGUUCUCGCCCAACGCCUCUGCAGCAGGAGACGAGGGCUGUGGGGAGCCCAGCGAGGCCAGCCAGCUGCACGGUUAUGACAGCUUCCUCUCGGAGGGGGACAGCCAGGCCGACCCCGAGGUCUCCGACUCGCCGCACUCCUUUGAGCUGUGUAACCCCUGCGCCCCCGAGGACUGCAGCUCCUUCUCGGACGAGAUUGUGUUUGAGGACUCGGGCUGCGACGACACCUCGGAGCCCGCCGAGCCCGGCAGCCACGGCACCCUGACGGAGCGACCCAGCUCGGAAUCCCGGACCCAAACACACGGGCCCAAUCCCACCUCCCUCUCCGGCUCCCCUCCGCGGCCCACUAGCCUGAGCCUGGGCCCCUGCCACACUCCCUCCCUGCCCUCCCAGCGGCCCCGGCCCCUGCCUUCACCCAAGGUGUACCUCUAUAUCCAGAUGCAGCUGUGCCGCAAGGAGAAUCUGAAGGACUGGAUGGCCCAGCGGUGUCAGCCAGAGCAGCGGGACCGGACUGAGUGUUUGGGUAUCUUCCUGCAGAUUGCCGAGGCUGUAGAGUUCUUGCACAGCAAGGGCCUCAUGCACCGGGACCUGAAACCUUCCAACAUCUUCUUCACCCUGGAUGAUGUGGUGAAGGUGGGCGAUUUUGGGCUGGUGACAGCUAUGGACCAAGAGGAGGAUGAGGAAGGGGGAGCAGUGCUGACCCCCAUGCCAGUCUAUGCUAGGCAUACUGGGCAAGUGGGCACCAAGCUGUACAUGAGCCCUGAGCAGGUUUCCGGGAACUUUUACUCUCACAAGGUGGAUAUCUACUCCCUGGGCCUGAUUCUGUUCGAGCUGCUCUAUCCCUUUAGCACCCAGAUGGAGAGAGUGCGGACGCUGACGGAGGUGAGGAACCUGCAGUUUCCACAGGCGUUCUCUCAGAGGAACGUGCAGGAGCUCGUGAUGGUGCGCCGCAUGCUGUCUCCAUGCCCCAGCGAGCGGCCGGAGGCAGUGGACAUCACGGAGACUCCGCUGUUCCAGGAGCUGGAGGUGCCCAGCAGACUGGUCCUGAGGCAGCGCUCCCGCACAUACAGUUCCUCUGGGGGGUCCCAUACACGCCAGCCCAGCAGCUGAGCCCGCAGGGCUGGAUCCUCCUGCUGUGCCAGGGACUGCCAGCCCGUUGUCACCACACAGUUCUGAGCCGCCAGACCCCAGCCCUGACGGGUCUGCCAGGGUUUCCUUUUCCACAUGUGGCCAGUCUUGCCUUCACUCGGCCAGUGUCUGCUCCAUCCUCUGCCUUGAACAAACGCACAUGGUCACUCAUUUCAGCCUGCCUAUGAAAGACAAUCUCUUCAUCUACCAGCAGCUUCUCAAACACUUAAUGCUGGAAAAACCCACCGUUAUCAGCUUCUGAUUCAUUAUCCUCAAUUUUGGGUUGCACAAACUGUCCUGGCCUGCACCCUGCUGUACUCGAUAGCGUCACAAAAUGUCUGGGACCCAUACAACAGUUUUGUAUAGCUUGACUAAGAGCCAGCCUGGUUUGGUUCUUACUUACUUGGAUCUUUUCACUUCCCACUAUAGCCUACAGUGUACCUCUGUUUCUUAUUGACUGCUCAGACAGGCAAGCUGUGCACAGAUGGUUUGGUCAUCUUUUUUCAGUCCAAGUCAGUACAUGAUGUCACAGCUACUCUCUUCAUCUAAGGAUGUUUAACCCUUUUAAUCGAUAGACUGGGAUUUCUCUCUGCCAUGAGGAGGACUACAGUCUUUGGUGUCUGUGAGUCCUUAUGAAUUUUGGUGGAUGGGGGUUGGCGGUGAUCAGUUGACCUGUUCUAUCGCUAGAUGAGAUUUUUCAUCUCUUGCCGAUAUAUUGAAUCCAGCAUCAUGGCAUCCUAAAAUAAUUUUAAAUGCAGCCUUUUUUGUGAAAUGCUUCUCAAAAGAGUUUUUUAUGUUACAAUUUAAAAAAAGGCUGGGGAAGGUCCCCCUGACCCCUUGACUCUGUGAGCAGUCUGACCCUUCAGAGUCCAGUUUGCACAGUGUUUCCCUGGUGCACAGGUGAGGGCUGUGGCCUUGCCUGAUUUCCAGGCCCACAGCUGUCCAAGGUUUAGCCAGAGCGAAAGCUGGAUGCCCUUAUUGCCCUGGGAGAGAGCACCGUUGUGUCUGUUAUUGAGGAACAGGCUGUGCUGUAGCUCGGCAGUGGGCAGCCUUGGUCCUGAAGGACUGAAAGAUCCUUCCGAUUUUCACCAUCAGAACUCUCACUUGUUUGAACUAAGCAAUUAUUUGCAAAGUUGCACAAUUGUUUGUGGGUGGUUUGUAAGCUGGUAGCAAUUUAAAAAGAUGCACAAAUCAUGCUGGACUGCAGUUUCCCAAGGCCAGGCCUGCCCCUGACUGCUCUAGACUGGAACAGACAGUGCAGCCUUUCUGAGACGUAGACGUUUGUCAGCUCCAUGACCUUUUGAAACUUAUUCACUGCUUAUAUGGUUAAAUCUCAUUAUCCACGGCUUCAGAAGAAACGGUUAAACCUGCAGGGUUGCUCACCUAUGGGCUUUAAUAUUUUCCAUUCCUGGUCUCUGCUGCAGGUUAACAGAAGUGUUCUGGGUCUCUCGGCCCAUCAUCCCCUCUUCUCUGCCCAGUACUCUGAGAGAAGAGGCAGACUAUCUCACUGUGCCUGGAGGUCAGACUCCUCUGUCUUUUUGCUCCUCAUUCCUCUCCUUCACAGCCUAGGCCUGCUCCCAGAACACUAACACAGAUUUCUUUAAGCUGCUUUCAAAAGCCAUAUGGGAAUUCUGGACUAGUUAAGGAUUUUAGUUCAAAUUGUCAUUUUUAAUGCUUCUUCAGGCAACGUAAAACCUUCCCGUUAUGUUACGACAUGUUGCAGACCUCGCCUUUAAUAAAGGGAGUUAAAAAAUGCAUUGAAAAUGGCCUGCGGACCCAAGGUUCAAAAUCUUGGCUGCUUGGAGUCGCAAGUAGGUGUGGAUAAUUUUUGAAAAAUGGGCGAUUUCUUGAAUUAGAUUUUGGAAAGCUGGAUUAUGAUAUAAAAAUGCAUGAAUUUCUAACAUGCUUAGAAAUGACGAACAGCUUUCUACUUGAGCACAAAAGAGGAGAGCUGGUUGCUUCACAUCGCAGCCAGCAGAGGGAGCUGUGGUGUGAUGACAUGACAGGCCUUCCUCCUGAAGGAAGGUUGCUGUUCAGUUUUCAUUCUUUGUUGACGGUUCUGUCUUUUCUCUUGUGUAAAUAAUGACUUUUAUAUCUUUAUCCAAGGGCAAGCUUUACCAAUACUGUACAUAAUGUUUUUUCAAGUGUGGUACCUUCCAACAGCUGUUUAUGGUAUUAUGUCGGUGUUGAAGGGGGAAAACGGGUGUUACACGGGUAAUGAACUGGCUCUUGCCCAUUGUUUCACUGUGUGCAAGAUUCAUGAAUUGCAGAAGAAGCUGGUUGGAACUGGCAAUGCCUUGUUUUUAUAGAACUGCAUGGAAUUCUGUUUUGGAGCACACUGGACAACUGGCCCAGUAUCGGUCUGUAAGUGUGCUUCCUGUACAAUUGUAUAUGCAUAAGGAAACAAACAGAAGAUAACCUAAGAGUCUCAAUUGAAGUUCAAGCUGUAUAGUUCUUCUGAUGUUUAUUUAAAUUUGUAUAUUUGUUUUUUUCUAAGCAGGUGUGUGUUCCGUCUGGGAAGGGGCUGUUGAGAUACUUGAUGUGGCCCUGUUCUGCCCUGUCCUCUCACUUGGUCACAUUGAAGGGUCCAUUUGUUCUUGGUGGUUAUUCCCAGUUCCACUAGUGUGACUGUGACUCCUUUUCCCAGCCUUCCAUGAGGCCAUGUUUGAAAUCUCCAGUUUCACUGGCUCCUGAGCGGUAUCAUCUGAUUUAUCUAACCUUUAGGUUUAGCCCUGUACAGGUCUCAUUGCUUGGGCUCUAAAGGCAAUAAACAUUGUGAUCUCUGGAGCGCUGGGAGGAGGUAAUCAAGUCUUAUUAAAACCGGUGAGCUGCAGGUUGACGCUGCUGAGGACAUUUCUGUCAAUGCCACCCCAGAGCAUGGAGGUGUGCCCUCUGCCAUGUGUGUUUAGGAGCCAAACACCAGCCCCUUUCUGCCACUUCAUCUUGCAUCAGCAGUGUUCCACGAAUACAGGACCUUGUUCUGCUCGCGGUUUCUUUGGGUUAGUCUUCAGUAUCUUAACUGCAGAGUUAUUGUUCAGAUGUUUUCUCUCCGGGACUCAUGAAGAUCUCUCUCGGAUAGCUCCAGAGCUUUUUCUUAUUUUCUUUUUUUGAUCUUCAGCAUUUACUGAGAUACAAUCUGCAAAAUUAGUUUUGCUGAACGUUUUCAAAGAGAGGUUUGUUCGUUAUCUCUCUUCCGUUAGUUCAGUGACCAUAUUGGGUUCUUCUCCAUUAAUGUCUGGCUUCAGUGACCAUAAGAUCUGGUGCACCACAGUCACGGUGGAUCUGUGGAUCUAUCCCCUUUGUAAGCUAGUUUCAGUGUCUUUAAGCACAAUCUGUGUUUUCUGCCUCUGUUGCAAUGUAAAUAUGUAUUUUUGUUUUUAUUUAAGUUUAUUGCAAAAUCAAUCCAUGUGGGUUGCUGGUAUGAGAGAAUGCACUUCAUGCAAUAAUUUUCAAGUGCAUUGAAAUAUGCGACUUCUUACAAGUCUAAAUUUAAUAAAACAUUCUAUGACAUUUGUACAA